CUUUAGUGCUUUUCAAAACUGCAAAUUCUGCAAAGGUUCCCAUCGCACAAACUCCAUUUAUAAUUUUAUAUAUGUAUAUAUAUGUAUGUUUUUCUAGUUUUCUAGUAUCUCUGAUCUCUCUCCAACUCUAGAAAGCUUACCCAUAAAAAUGCCAAUGUGAUUGGGCAAAAUCUUUUCGGAUUCUCAACUCUUCUUUUUUCUGUAUGAGCUUUUCCGAAGUGGGAUUUCUUUUCUGAUUCCACAGGUACUUAUUUAUGUGAAUGCAUGAUGAAACUCUUUUUUUUUUUUUUGCUUGCAUACAAACUAAAGAAAAAAAGAAACCUUAAUCUUCUCUAGUAUCCAUUCAGCACCUCACGUCGUAAUCUCAGUCAUUUUCUGUACUUUUUGGCUUAACCAAAAGCCUUUUUUCUAUAUUAUGUGAUGGCUUCUUAUAUAUACGUAUAUAUUAUGUGUGUGUGUGUGUGACAGAGAGAGGGGGAGAGCAUAUUUGGCUAAGUGAUUCUGGGAGGUGAAAAAGAGGAGUCUUUGUGAAGAAAAAAGUAAUUUUGAUGGUUAUGGAGUUUAAAACGAUGGUUUUGGGACAUUUUUUGGUGAUUUCUUUGGCCUUGAACGCGGGAUUGUUGUAUAGAAACUACUGCAGCGGUAAACAUAAAUCCCAAAACGUCUUCAGCUUCAACAAUGAGUGCAAGAAUUCAUCUUUGCUCCCUCAAAAGGCGUUUCUUGAAACUAAAUUUCAAUCUUCAAAAGCAGCUCUCAGUGAAGUAAUCGAUCUCGAUCAUGGUGAUCCGACGAUGUACGAGAGGUAUUGGCAACAGAUGGGGGAUAGAACUACGGUGGUGAUCCCUGGUUGGAAAUUCAUCAGUUACUUCUCUGAUGUGAGGAGCCUUUGCUGGUUUCUUGAGCCUGAAUUCGCAAAUGCAGUGGUUAGGCUGCACAAACUGGUGGGCAACGCUGUCACUGAUGACCGUUACAUUGUCGUUGGGACGGGCUCCACGCAGCUGUUCCAGGCUGUGCUCUAUGCCGUUUCCCCCCCUAAUGCCUCAGAGCCUAUCAGCGUCGUGUCUGCUGCCCCGUUCUACUCUUCGUAUCCUUUGAUCACCGAGUUCCUCAAGUCGGGGCUCUACAAAUGGGGCGGUGACGCGCACAAGUUCAAGAGGGACAUCCCGUAUAUCGAGCUGGUGACAUCACCAAACAACCCCGACGGGUUAUCGAGAGAGGCCGUGGUGAACCGGAAUCAAGGCAUACUAGUCCAUGACCUGGCUUACUACUGGCCCCAGUAUACCUCGAUCUCAUCUCCUCCAGCAGAUCACGACAUCAUGCUGUUCACAGUCUCCAAGAGCACCGGCCAUGCUGGAACACGACUGGGGUGGGCUCUUGUCAAGGAUCAAGAAACUGCGAGGAAGAUGACCGAGUUCAUCGUGCUCAGCACCAUUGGUGUCUCCAAGGAGUCGCAGCUGCGCGCAGCCAAGAUCCUGCAGGUCCUAUCCGACUCCCACGAGCAACGAGGGAGCUUCAAGGAAGGCGAAGCCUUCUUCGAACACAGCUACCAUCUCAUGGCAAAGAGAUGGAAGCAGCUGAGGGAAGCAGUGAGGAAGAGCAAGCUCUUCAGCUUGCCUGAGUUCUCCCACGGCAAGUGCCAGUUCAGCGGCCGUACCUUUGCCUCACAGCCAGCUUUUGCGUGGCUCAAGUGUGAGGGCGAGACAGAGGACUGUGAGGGGUUCCUCCGUGACCACAAGGUGCUAACGCGAAGUGGGAAGCACUUUGGUGAGAGCGCGAAGCACGUCAGGAUCAGCGUGCUACCACGUGAUGAGGUCUUCGACCAGUUCACGGAGCGGUUAGCUGGCAUCACGUCAUCAUCAUCAUCCACAUAGCACUCAAUGUUUUUUUACCCUGUUUGUUGUAGUAGGGUAGGUACAAUGGGGGUUGUAGUUGUACUCACCUUUUGCAUAAUCACUAUAAGUUUCUUAUACACAUUAAA